UGCGUUUGUGGAGGCCUUCGUCCUUCUCCGCCGCGCCUCAGCCCCGUCCUCGGUGACUUCUUUCCGAGCGUGAGCAGCUCAGCAGGGCGCCAUGUCGUCCCCCGCGUCCACCCCCAGCCGUCGGAGCAGCCGGCGCGGACGGGCCACCCCGGCGCAGACGCCGCGCAGUGACGAUGCCAGAUCCCCGCCCUCCCAGAGACGCAGAGGCGAAGAGUCCACCUCGACGGGCGAGCUGCAGCCCAUGCCGACCUCGCCCGGAGCCGAGCUGCAGAGCCCGGCCCCCCCAGAUGUGGUGUUUUCCAGUCCUCAGAUGCAUCCUUCAGCUAUUCCUCUUGAUUUUGAUGUCAGUUCACCUCUGACAUAUGGCACUCCCAGCUCUAGAGUAGAGGGAACCCCAAGGAGUGGUGUUAGAGGCACACCAGUGAGACAGAGACCUGACCUGGGAUCUUCACGGAAGGGUCUACAGGUGGACUUGCAGUCUGAUGGGCCAGCAGCAGAAGAAAUAGCUGCAAGUGAACAAUCUCUAGGCCAGAAACUUGUGAUUUGGGGAACAGAUGUAAAUGUAGCAACAUGCAAAGAAAACUUUCAGAGAUUUCUUCAACAUUUCAUUGACCCUCUGGCUAAAGAAGAAGAAAAUGGGGACAUAGAUAUAACAGAACCUCUAUACAUGCAACGACUUGCAGAGAUUAAUGUUAUUGGGGAACCAUUUUUAAAUGUUAAUUGUGAACACUUAAAAGCAUUUGACAAAAAUCUAUAUAGACAGCUCAUCUGCUAUCCACAGGAAGUUAUUCCAACUUUUGACAUGGCUGUCAAUGAAAUAUUUUUUGACCGUUAUCCUGACUCAAUUUUAGAACAUCAGAUUCAAGUAAGACCAUUCAACGCAUUAAAGACUAGGAAUAUGAGGACUUUGAAUCCAGAAGACAUUGACCAGCUUAUCACCAUUAGUGGCAUGGUAAUCAGAACAUCCCAGCUGAUCCCAGAGAUGCAGGAAGCCUUCUUCCAGUGCCAGGUGUGCAUGCACACAGCCCGGGUAGAGAUUGAUCGAGGUCGCAUCGCUGAGCCCUGCGUCUGUGAGCACUGCCACACGACCCAUAGCAUGGCACUGAUUCACAACCGUUCGAUGUUCUCUGACAAGCAGAUGAUCAAACUUCAAGAGUCUCCUGAAGAUAUGCCUGCAGGGCAAACCCCUUACACAGUUGUCCUUUUUGCUCAUAAUGACCUUGUUGACAAAGUUCAACCUGGGGACAGAGUGAAUGUUACAGGCAUCUAUCGAGCUGUUCCCAUUCGAGUCAAUCCAAGAGUGAGUAACGUGAAGUCAGUCUACAAAACCCACGUCGAUGUUAUUCAUUACCGAAAAACGGAUGCAAAACGUCUACAUGGCCUGGAUGAAGAAGCAGAACAGAAACUCUUUUCAGAGAAGCGUGUGGAAUUGCUGAAGGAACUUUCCAAGAAACCAGACAUUUAUGAGAGACUUGCUUCAGCCUUGGCUCCAAGCAUUUAUGAACAUGAAGAUAUAAAGAAGGGAAUCUUGCUUCAACUCUUUGGAGGAACAAGAAAGGAUUUUAGUCACACAGGCAGGGGCAAGUUCCGUGCUGAGAUCAAUAUUCUACUGUGUGGUGACCCUGGGACCAGCAAGUCCCAGCUGCUUCAGUAUGUCUACAACCUGGUCCCCAGGGGUCAGUAUACUUCAGGAAAGGGUUCCAGUGCAGUUGGCCUUACUGCAUACAUAAUGAAAGACCCUGAGACAAGACAGCUGGUCCUUCAAACUGGUGCCCUUGUCCUGAGUGACAAUGGAAUCUGCUGUAUUGAUGAGUUUGACAAGAUGAAUGAAAGCACAAGAUCGGUGUUGCAUGAAGUCAUGGAACAGCAGACUCUUUCCAUUGCAAAGGCUGGGAUUAUUUGUCAAUUAAAUGCACGCACGUCUGUCCUGGCAGCAGCAAAUCCUAUUGAGUCUCAGUGGAAUCCAAAAAAAACUACCAUUGAAAAUAUUCAGUUGCCUCAUACAUUAUUAUCAAGGUUUGAUUUGAUCUUCCUCAUGCUAGACCCUCAAGAUGAAGCCUAUGACAGGCGCCUAGCCCACCACCUUGUGUCACUAUACUACCAGAGUGAGGAACAGGUGGAGGAGGAGUUUAUGGAUAUGGCUGUGCUCAAGGACUACAUUGCUUAUGCCCAUAGCACAAUCAUGCCUCGACUAAGCCAGGAUGCCAGCCAAGCUCUCAUUGAGGCAUAUGUAGACAUGAGGAAGAUCGGAAGUAGCCGGGGUAUGGUUUCUGCAUACCCUCGUCAGCUGGAAUCAUUAAUUCGCCUGGCAGAAGCCCAUGCUAAAGUAAGGUUUUCAAACAAAGUUGAAGCAAUUGAUGUCGAAGAAGCCAAGCGACUCCAUCGGGAAGCUUUAAAGCAGUCUGCAACUGACCCCCGAACUGGCAUUGUGGACAUAUCUAUUCUUACCACAGGAAUGAGUGCCACCUCUCGUAAACGGAAAGAAGAGUUAGCAGAAGCAUUGAAAAAGCUGAUUUUAUCUAAAGGCAAAACACCAGCUCUGAAAUACCAGCAACUUUUUGAAGAUAUUAGGGGGCAGUCUGAUAUAGCUAUUACCAAAGAUAUGUUUGAAGAAGCACUUCGUGCCUUGGCUGAUGAGGACUUCUUGACAGUAACUGGGAAAACUGUUCGCUUGCUCUGAAGUUCUAGUGAGCAGUGCUGUGUUCUACAUAUCUCAUGUAGACGUUUCACUUACUUGUAUACAUAUGCAACAUCAGUGA